UCGGAAGUGAUUAACGAUGCUAGUAUAAUGAAGGCCUUGGCGAGUUCCGGCGUCUAUAGCGCUAGGCUCAGUGCGGCACGAUGGUGGUGACGUGAGGGAGGAAGUGUUGUCAUUUAGAGGUGUAGCCAACAUGACCUCCAUCAAGAAGAUCCCCAACGUGCUGGGGACGAGGAGGAGCAAUACACUGGACCAGGAGCGAGAACAAUUUGAGAAAGCCCAGGAAGCAAGCUUUAAAAAGGCAACGAGUGAUGAAGAAAUGCCAUUGAAAAUGAAACAUGUGCGUAACCUAAUCAUUGGCACAUUCACUGACAAGAAUGCAGACCUUUUCUGGCGUAAUGUUGGCACAACUCCACCCAUCAAUACUGAUGUCACAGCAUGGAAAUUCUGCCAUUGUCUGCAUAUCAUGCUUCGUGAUGGCCACCCAAAUGCAUUGCGGGAUUCGCAUCGCCACAUAAGCCGAAUUAAGGAUACAGGACAGCAUUUUCGCCACCUGACUCAUGGCUAUGGACGGCUCAUCAAGAGGUACUGUGAAUUAUUAGUUGCUAAGCUCCACUUCCACCAACACUAUCCUCGUUUUCCUGGGACUCUCUCUGUCACUCCAGAAGAGCUGGAGGCCCUGGCUGAAAAUGAUGCCAAUAAUUAUUUUGAGUUAGGGGUAGAGAUGUUGGAGUACCUUGAGUGUAUCCUGAACUUGUAUGAAGCAGUUUUCUCUUCACUGGACCCAUCCCGAGCCAACUCCAUGACACGAUCUGGACAGUGUCGUCUGGCUCCUCUGAUCCCUUGUAUUCAAGACUCCUCUUGCCUUUAUGACUGUAUUGUGAGGAUACUCUUCCAGCUUCAUAAAGUUCCCACCAAAAGUAAUGCUACAAUACCAUCCCUGCCAACGGACAUGUUAACAGGCCACCGUACAAGGUUUUAUAAACAGUUUGAGAUCCUCAAGCAGUUUUACAACAAUACUAGAAAUUUACAGUAUUUCAAGGGUCUAAUCCAAGUACCUGCUUUGCCUGAGGAUCCACCUAACUUCCUAGUCGAGGCAGAGUUAAGGAGCCACGAAACUCCAGUGGUGGUGGUAGAAGAGCAACCUGAUAUGCCAGACACAUCAGACAUGUUAUUGAUAGACACAUCUGAGACAGAGCCACCACCAAUCCCUCCUCAUCCCAAUCUCAAUGAGUCACAUAAUGGGUCCCUGGUAGAGGUGGUUGCAGAAAGAGAAUCUCUGAUAGAAGCCCUUCACAGAGAACUAGAAGCUAUGAGAGCUGAGGUGCAACAUGCACGUUCUGAGGCUACUCACAAUGAGGACCAAAUGCGUCUUCGUGUAAAUGACUUAGAGUCAACAAUAGCUGAGUUGGAUAGUGAACUUCUGGCAGAAAGACAAAGCAAGGAGUCCAUCAUGGCCCAGGUGGAGGCAGCAGCAGCUAGCGCUGAAGCUGUCACUUUGUUGGCUCAGGAAGAGACACGCAGGCGAUCGGCUGAAGAAAAGUUUGUAAAGAUGAAAGAUGUCUAUCAAAAGCUUCGUGAUGAACAUAUCAGUCUGAUCCGUGGGAAAGCUGAGUUAGACAAGCAGCUUACUGUAGAGAAAGAAGCACAUCAUGCUACACAACAGGAGAAGGAUGCAGCUGCCUCUGCCCUAGCUAAGCUGCAAGCUCAGAUGACAUUUGAAUCACAGGCUCACCUCACAGAUACGGAGUUAGCAAGACAGGAGAAGGAAUCCUUGUGCAGCCGUCUUCAGUCACUGACUUCAGAGAGGGAACACAUGUCAGGUCAGAUUAAGAUGCUGGAGGAAAACCUGUCUCACCUGAAUAAUAAGAUGGAUAGUCAAGCACAGCAAGAUGCAGCAAAGUUGAUGGCAGUCCAGAAUGAAUGGGAAGUAGGGACACAGCAGUGUGUGCAGGGUGCUGUGGAUGGGGCAGUAUUGGUCCUCACUCACACACUCUCACACUUUGACCAUGAUGCACAUACUGACAUCAAAUGCACACCAGAAUAUUCACUGAGCUACCAGAAUAUAGUAAUAGAGUCUCUGGAAGGUCUGGCCAAAGCAUGUGAAGACUACCAAAUUAAUUUCCAUGCUGCUCCACGCCUCAUUACCUGUAUAACUACAUCUUCCCACCAAGUGGCUUCUUUCCUCCUUUAUGCCAAGGCCACUUCACAUGCCAGCCCAAACAUAGAGAUUGCUGAACACCUUGUGUGUGCCUUGGAGGAGUUUGCAAAAUCAAGUGUGGAUACUUACAAGAAGUUGCAGAGGAAAGAAGAUUCCGUGGACAUAAGCUCACUCACAGAACAAUUUGAGAGAUGCUGCCUAUUAGUGAGUCAGUGUGAGGACCGUAGCCCUGGAGAAGAGGAUGUGGCAUUAGCAGUAGAGAGAGAAAUGGAUAAGAUGGAGACUGCUAUCAAGGAUGCAGUGGAGCGCUUCACAGCCAUGUUGGAAAACUCUCGAGCUAAGGACACUGGCACCCAGCUUGAGGAUGAGAGGAGAAUCACAUAUCAUCAUCCCAAGGAAUUUGUGAAUGAAAGCAUCCUGGGGACAUGCAGCGACUUGAUGGCAGCUGUACGACAGCUUGUGCGGCGGGGUGCAGAGCUUCAGAAAGAAAUAGUGGACUCAGGGAGGGGAGGAGCAUCUCCCAAGGAGUUCUACAAGCGCAAUCAUCGUUGGUCUGAAGGACUAUUAUCUGGAGCAAAAGCAGUAGCUAUUGCUUGCCAAGCACUCAUGACUGCUGCUGAUCAAGUGGUUAGUGGAAAAGGAAAGUUUGAAGAAGUUAUUGUAUCCUCACGUGAGAUUGCAGCAUCUUCCAUGCAGUUAGUGAUGGCAUCCAGAGUAAAAGCUGACAGAUCAAGUGAGAAGCUACGCAACCUCAAUGCCACAGCAAAGACUAUCUCCACCCUUACAGGGACUGUGGUUGCCACCGCAGAAAAUUGUCGAGACAAAAUUGCUAUUGCCAAUACAUUAGACUUUUCCAAGCUAAGCCUUCAUCACACUAAGCGAAUGGAGAUGGAAACCUUAGUCAAAGUUUUGGAGACAGAGAAGCAUCUGGAAGAAGAGCGCUCCAAACUCUCUGAACUUCGCAAACACCACUACAAACUGGCAGGAGAAAUUGAGGGCUGGGACCAGGAAGUAGGUGCCACCUCUGAAUUUGGGGAACAAGAAAUGAUAGAUUUCUAACUUGUCAUUGAAAAUCUUUAAGUAUGUAAUCAUUAACAUUAUGAAAACCUGUUUUUCCAACUGAAUAGGGUGGGCAUCAGAAAGACAAUCAUUAUCACAACAAGAAAAACAUCCAGGAAAAGCAGGAAGGGGAUGUGGUCACAACAGGCCUAAUGAAGAACACGUGCUUUUGCUAAUUAGCAUCAUUGUUGAUUAACCAGAUAGGCCAGCUGUGACUACAUUCCUCUUUGGUCCUCAUUAGAGUAAAUAACUGCCACCUUCCUAAUUACUUUUAAACAAGACCACACUUGGGAAACGUUUUAUCAUCAUGAUCAUAGUUAUCAUCAAUACCACCAUCAUCAUCAUCAUCAUAAUCAUCAUCAUCAUCAUCAUCAUCAUCAUCAUCAUCAUCAUCAUUAUCCCAUCAUUUCAUCAUCAUUAUUAUGGCUAUUACUGUCACCAUCUUCACUUCCACCACCAUGACCACCAUCACCACCAUCAUAAUCAGUAACAGUAACUAUUAUAUUUUCUAUGUUAACAGGGUGAGGUGUCACAGAUGCAAAAAAGAUAAAAUUUGGUACUUGGUUUCCCAACAAUAUAGACCUCAUAUUUAGUGUAUGUUAAUUGUAUUCUUAUUUUAUUUUAUUUAAAACACUUAAAAAGUUUUAUGAGUUAAGUUUCUAACAGUUUAUUGCCUGGUUGUCUAGGCUUCUUGACCAUUGUAUUUUUAUGAGACACAUUUAGAUGCAGACUUGGCAAGCAGAGUCUGUUGUUAAGCUUAGAGGGUCUGAAAAUUGAGUAAGGGAGUAAAACUUUAUACCUGCUUUAAUUUCCAUAUGUAUCAUCUUGAGAUUAUUGCACUGCUUACACCACAAAUAGUAACAAAGGUUGCUACCUCUGUAUCUACUUAUAUCAAGGCUUAUGUUAGGCUGUCAUUGCCACAAAGACCUAACCAGAUUAUAAUGGUAACUUCUCAAAACUCUUGUCAUCUUCCCAGUACUUUACGUGCCUGAAAUUGCAUUUAGAAUUAGUGAAUAGCCAACACGUGGAGCAUUUGCUGCAUAUUACAUUAUGCAGACUGUCAUCAACAUGUGUCUCAUUGAACAAAUCCUAAGAACUAAUACUUACACCUUUCUGUUUGUAAAGAUCAUUUCCACCCGAUCUCAAGAGCUGUUUCAUUGGAGUAGAGCAUACUUUGUUGGAUUCACAAGAUCUUUCUCAGCAAGCUUAAUACAAAAAGAAAAAUACUUACAUGAGAAUGUCUACUGCUUGUUUCAAAAAUACAUGAAGGCUUAAAAUAUUUCCUUACAAGAUGCACAUUUUUAUAAACAAGCAUUUUACUCACUAUAAGUUUGAAGCUUCAUUUAAUUAAACUUUCUAAUGGAGGAUAUCAACAUGUUAAUAUGACCAGUAGUUUUCUAAAUAGCCAAUAAAAGCACUGACAGAUACAACAUAAAUUCUUAGCUUAGACAUGCAGUAUGUGAAGCUGUAUGGGUGAACAGUCACAUAUUGACUGUCAUUGUCAAAACCAAGGAGACACAGAUCAGAACCUAAACUUUUGAAUUUUCAUUAUCCCAGAACUAGUUUUUUAUAUCUGUCAUACAUAACUAUUUUUGUAAGAUAAAUCUGCCAAGUAUCAAAAAACAGGAAAAUAAAUCCUUUAACAAAA